AGUGUGAAAGCCUACCUGGGUUGUGAAUUUGCUUCACUCGUCUUCCCCAUUUCUCUUCUUUUUUCCGUUUCUUCUUGUUUUUAUUUCCUUAAUUUGAUUCCUCUUUUCUUCUGGGUUUCUGCUUAUAAGCUUCCUAUUUUGGAGUUGAGGGAUUUUAAAUGGGUUUCUCUGAGGGAGAAGAAAUGUUGAACAACAAUGAUGAUGAAUCGGGGAAAAGAAAGUGUUUGUACAGUCAUUGUGAACAACACUGUACAAAUUGUUCUUCUUUUUCUUUCAUUACACAAUGGACUUUUGCCUUCAUUGCUUCCUUCCACUGAUAUCAUAUUCCAAAUUUCUUCUCAUUAAAAUAAACAACAAUCAAAACUAACCCAUCAUCAUCAUCAUCAUCAUCAUCAUCAUCAUCAUAUUCUAAGUUUUCUGUGUGUUUAAUUUUGUGCUGAUUCUCAAUCAUGAAGAGACCAGCAGUCGGCUCAGAUUCCUUGGGUGCACUUAUCUCCAUUUGCCCAUCUUCAGAUCAUGAACAGAGUCCAAGAAACAAGAACAGUAACCAUGUUUACGCCACAGAAUUCCAGUCUAUGCUGGAUGGGUUUGAUGAAGAAGGGUGCGUUGAAGAAUCAGGGCAUGUUUCAGAGAAGAAAAGACGACUUAGUGUGGAGCAAGUGAAGGCUCUAGAGAAGAAUUUUGAAGUUGAAAACAAGCUCGAACCAGAGAGGAAAGUGAAGCUUGCUCGAGAACUUGGAUUACAGCCUCGACAAGUUGCUGUUUGGUUUCAAAAUCGUCGAGCCAGAUGGAAAACUAAGCAAUUAGAAAGAGACUAUGGCGUUCUCAAAACUAAUUAUGAGAAUCUCAAACUUAGUUUUGAAACUCUCCAAAAUGAUAAUCAAACUCUCCUCAAACAGAUUCGGGAACUGAAAACAAAGCUUCAAGAAGAUAACUCAGAGAGUAAUCUUUCGGUGGAGGAAGAAAUGGUGGUGGCGGCUAAUUCUGAAAAUGCUCCGAUCGAACAAACUAAGCCGGAAAUUGGGGGGGAUCAGUUCUCUGUUCCGCCGGCGAGUGAGUCCCAAGACUUUAAUUACGAGAGCUUCAACAGCAAUGGCGGAGAAGGGGAAGAGGCACCAAUGGAAGAAGCGACAUUGUUCCCCGAUUUCAAAGAUGGAUCAUCCGAUAGCGAUUCGAGCGCGAUUUUAAACGAAGAUUACAGUCCAACAGCGGGGAUUUCUUCACCCGGAGUGCUGCAGAAUCACCAGCAGUACCAUUUAAUGACUGGAGCGUUAUCUCCGCCGCCCUCCGCCGCCGUGAAACUCAAUUACUUGCAGUUUCAGAAGGGGUAUCAACAACAAACCCAGAUGUUUCCAAAAAUGGAGGAGCAUAAUUUCUUCAGCGGAGAGGAGACUUGUAACUUCUUUUCCGAUGAGCAAGCUCCAACUUUGCACUGGUGGAGCUAAAUCCAUGGCGGUAUAAAGGCGGAAUUUCAGAGAAUAAAAAGGGAAAGUAGAUUUUGAAAAUUUGGGUGUGUAAGUUAAUUCUGAAGAUGGAUGGAAUGGAGUGAAGGAAGAAGAUGAAGUGAAUUGAGGAGACUAAUGGAGAAAUUGAGGUGGGAUUCUCCAUGAAAAUAAUUUGGGCUAUUUUUUUUCCUCUUUGCCUUUGAUUCUUCCAUGAGUUCAUGAGGGGAUCGAAACUGAAAUCCAAGUUGUAAAAAUUAAAACCAGAAAAAAAAAAACAGAGAAGAUCAAAUAGGUGUUAGAAAAAAAAUCAUGUAAUGGAGAAAUAAUUAUAAUAUUCGCUCUUUUGCCGUUGUUCAAACAAAA